AUGGCUCCUCUUCAUCUGAAAGUCGAGGGACAGACCUUUCGAGACCCUCACAAUCGUGAAAUUACGCUAAGGGGGAUAAACGUUGCGGCCGAUGCGAAGUAUCCAAAGACACCCGACAUCCCCUCAUACAUCGCCGAGAACUUCUUUGACGCGGACAAUGUCUCCUUCGUUGAACGGCCUUUCUCACUUGAAGAUGCCCAAAUUCACUUCAAGCGCCUUCGGAAAUGGGGUUAUAACACUAUCCGGUACAUCUUUACCUGGGAAGCCAUUGAGCAUGCGGGCCCGGGAGUUUACGACGAUGAGUGGGUUGCAUAUACUAUAGAAGUCCUCCGGAUAGCCAAACAAUAUGAUUUCUGGGUGUUUAUGGACCCCCAUCAGGACGUGUGGUCUAGGUUAUCAGGAGGAUCUGGGGCACCGAUGUGGACGCUCUAUGCGGCGGGACUGAACCCUAAAACCUUCAAAAACACGGAAGCCGCCUUGGUUCAGAACACAUACGACAUCCCCGCGGAGUUUCCUAAGAUGAUCUGGAGCACAAAUUAUACUAGACUGGUUUGUCAAACCAUGUUUACGUUAUUUUGGGCUGGGCGGGACUUUGCUCCCAAGGCAAUCAUUGAUGGGAUGAACAUUCAAGAUUAUCUCCAGAAUCACUUUAUCAAUGCAUGUGCGUUUUUGGCUCAGAGAAUUCAUGAAGCGGGUGAUCUUGAUGGCGAAGUGAUCAUUGGCUGGGAGAGUAUGAAUGAGCCUCAUCGCGGUCUUGUUGGUGUACAAGACAUUUCAGUGAUUCCGCCGGAGCAGCAACUUCAACUAGGUACUUCACCGACAGCAUUCCAAGCAAUUCUCACUGGCUCAGGCAAGGCUUGCGAACAGACAACAUGGGCAUUUGGAAACUUCGGACCUUACAAGACUGGCACAAACCUAGUAGAUCCGGCAGGUGUCAUAGCUUGGUUGCCAGCUGACCAUGAUGAUAACAAAUAUGGCUGGCAACGAGACCCUGGGUGGAAACUUGGAGAGUGUAUCUGGGCUCAGCACGGAGUUUGGGACCCGUCCACAGACGUCCUUUUACAGAAGGAUUACUUCGCAAAGAGACCUCAGACGGGCGAGCCGCUUGACUAUGAGAAAUUUACGAACUCGUAUUUCUUGGAUCAUUACCGAGCAUACAAAAAUGCCAUUCGCGGAAUCUGGCCCGAUGCAAUAAUGUUUUGCCAGCCACCGGUGAUGGAGGUACCGCCUGAUAUCAAAGGCACUAUUGACGACGACCCGAACAUGGUCCAUGCGGUUCAUUUCUAUGAUGGAUUGACUCUUUUGACGAAACAUUGGAACCGACUCUACAAUGUAGAUGUUAUUGGUGUUCUCCGGGGCAAGUACCUCACCCCUGCCUUUGCGCUUAAGGUCGGCGAGACGGCUAUUCGCAACUGUUUGCGUGACCAACUCAAAUUCCUCCGCGAUGAAAGCCGGAGUUAUAUGGGCAGUCAUCCCGUGGUGUUUACGGAGAUUGGAAUUCCCUAUGACAUGGACGACAAAUAUGCAUACAAGACCGGUGACUAUAGUAGCCAAACCAGCGCUAUGGACGCAAAUCAUUUCGCACUGGAGGGUAGUACUUCUAAUGGCUUUACUCUCUGGGUAUAUGUCACACAAAAUGACCACGAAUGGGGUGACCAAUGGAAUGGGGAGGACCUGUCUAUAUAUUCCCGCGACGAUCUAGAACUGCCCGCAGGAUCCAGCACACGGCCUCUUGAUCCAAAUUCCCCGGCCUACUCCGAAAGCCAGAGUAGCGGAGCAGAACCAAAUGUUGGACCUCGUAAUCUCAAAGGUGCUUUGUCAACUCCCUCGAUCUCUAGUGACCGCUCCCUGCCAUCGCUACGACAGCAACAAGGGUAUCGCGCCGCGGAGGCAUACCUUCGCCCGAGUCCAACCUACGUCAGCGGAAAGUUGGAUAGUCAUGUUUUUGAUCUGAAGAAUUGUGUGUUUACUCUCUCGCUGACGGCUAAAGGGGCAACCACCGCAACUGCCCCCACCGAAAUAUAUCUUCCUGAUUUCCAUUUCCCGGAGAGUAACAUCGUGGUCACAGUCAGCGGUGGCAAGUGGGACAUUGACGUCCAGGACAUUCACGGUGCCAAGCUACAGCGCCUGCGAUGGUGGCAUGCCGAAGGAGAACAGGAUAUCAAGAUCGAGGGACUGAAGCGCAAGCCUGGGGAGUUUGGUAAUCCUGGAGGCCAAGAUAUCGGCUAUCUAGAACAAUGCCAAAAGGGCGAGUGUGCCAUGAUGUGA